UGUCUAGGGGAAAAGAUGGCCCAGGCAGUCUACAACGCAUGGUGCAAUCCUAUGCCAGGCCUUCCUUUGGUUUACUCAGAAGCCAGUUCCCUUGUGUUCGGCGUAGGGUUGCCAACUGCCCCUCAUUUCAGGGAUGAAAUGUUGGUCCCUAGAGGGACAGCAUUCGUCCCUCAUUUUGGCGGCGAGAGACCUAUUUGUAGGGAAGCUCAGAAGAGGAUGAAUGAAGGAGGGAAUGAAGGCCCUCCGGAGAAACUGGUGGGCAGGAGUGAAGACGACCCUCCAGAGGAUGCAGCAGGCAGAAGUGGAGGAGCCCAUGAAAUGUCUCCGGAAGAACCAGUGGACAGAGAUGCCCAGGAAGGCCCUCCAGAGGAACCAGAGGAGAGAAAUGGUGGAGCCCAGGAAAGCCCUCCAGAAGGACCAGUGGACAGAGCAGCCCUGGAAGGCCCCCCAGAGGAACCAGCAGACAAAAGUGAAGGAGCCCAGGAAGGCCCUCCGGAAGAGCCAGUGGACAGAGAUGCCCAGGGAGGCCCUCCUGAGAAACUAGAGGAGAGAAAUGGUGGCGCCCAGGAAGCCCCUUUGGAGGAACCAGCAGAAGCCCCUCAAGGGACAAAAUGGCCAGAACCAGUUGCUGAGGCACCAAGUGAAGAAGAGGCACAGGGUGCAGCAAUGACUCUAGAGGAGGUGGAAUUGCCCAGCCAGGCUCACAUAGUGCCAAGCAAAGAGGGCCUCCAGGAUCCCCUGGAAAGAACAAAAGAUGAAGAGCAUCCCGCGUCAGCCCUACAAGAGACUCUCCUGGUGGAAACCGUCACUUCUCCAGGCCCCCUGGAAAUGUCUGAAGAUGCUGCUGCAGUGGGUUUACCCACAGAGAAAGAAGAGGCCUGGAUCUCAGCACAAGAGGAUAAAUCACCAAUAGAUAUUACACAUAAAACUUCAAGAAGGGGAGAAGAGUGGAGUCACUCAAGAGAAAACAUCUUGAGGAUUGAACAUCCUGAAGAAAAAGCAAGUGAACGAGAGAGAGAAAGUCAAAGAAGUAGUAUUGCAUCCGAGGGAGAGGAAGGUAGACAGGAAGGCAGAAUUGGGAAAGCAAGCUUUAGGAAAACCCCAGAGAGAACACAACCACCCGAAACAGAAAUCAGAGCCCAAGCUGCAGAGAAAGAGCAUCGCUCCAUAAGCAGAGAAAGGAUUGUGAGACAGGAGAGUCCUGAAGGAAGCCCCAAAGAGAUGUCUUUGGGGUCACCUGCAAGUGCCAGGGACAGAGAUUCUCCAGACAGUUCCGUCACGAGAGGACACUUGGCCACCGAAGACGAUGAGAUUGCUCGCAGAAGUGGGGAAGAGGCUCCCAGCAGGGAAUCCAAGGAAGGCGCCCAAGAAGAGGAAGGACUCUCCAAAACCAUAACCGCUGCCAGCGACACAGCUCCAGCUGAGGAACAGUCUGUGGUAUCCUCUGCCCUCCCGGGCAUGAUGUUUGAAGAGAAGAGCAAACUACUCUCAACACACCCACUGAGUUUGACAUGGGUCUUUGGCUACAAUCACAACCUCCCUGUUUUCAACCUGCUGGAUGAAGAGUAUCGGGUCAUUCUGUAUGUCUGCUCUCACACUGCUGUGAUCCAUGACAUCUUCCGGAACAAGCAGUAUCACCUCCAGGGUCACUCAAGUUGUAUUUCUUGCAUCUGUAUAAGCGAAGACAGGAGGUGGAUAGCAACAGCUGACCGAGGUCCUGAGAGCAUGGUGAUCAUCUGGGAUGGCUACUCUGCGGUUCCUGUGCACACGAUAUUCGACAGUCACCCAGAAGGUGGAGUUGGUGCCAUUGCAAUUUCACACGAUUCAAAGUUUUUGGCUACCAUAGGGGCCGGAGAAGUGCAAAAAGUUUGCGUCUGGAGGUGGACCUCACCUGAACCAGGGCCUGUCUGCAGCGUGGAGCUCCAGACCCAGUUUGGCAUUCAGGAUUACAUUGCAUUUAGUUCCAGAGACCACAGAGAACUGGUCAGCAACAGCCAAACGCAAGUCAUAUUUUACAUGUGGGAGGACAAAGUUCUGCAGUACCACCCUCCCCUCCUAUCAGACAAAACUUUCAACAAGACGGUGGGGAACUUUAGCCAGUCCCUCUUCCACUUCAGCACAGCACAAGCAAUUACAGGGACCAUGGAAGGCAAGAUGGUGGUCUGGGAUGCUGUUCCCUCCAAGGUGGCCGCCUUCUCUGUCAAACCGUUCAAUAUGAAAGCCAUCAAGCUGAUGCACCUGCAAAAGGAUGGCAUCACUGUUCUUGCUAUCACGGACAGGAAUUUUGUGACUUGUGAUGUCAAAGGCCAUGUUAAAUUCUAUGACGGAGACCUGCAGCUUCUGCAUUGGUACAGCCAGCUUAAACUGGGGUGCAUCAGGUCUGUUUCCUUCUCCAAGAAACCAAUGUGUCCCGUGGACAUUUCCAAAUUUCCUGCUUCUUGUACCUUAUCAGGUCAGCCCUUCGUUGUCAGGAAUUUUAUCCUCUCCACAUCCGACGCACUAGUGGUUCAUGUCUGGACGGAGGGACUCAAAGUGACCAAGUGUCUGGAGGAGCCGAAGGAUAUGGUCCAUGCCAUCACCUGCCACCCAAGCAAGCCUCUCAUGGCCAAAGGGAGUCACUGCGGGCUCCUAAAAGUGUGGAACUAUAAGCUCAACAAAUACCUGGUCAGCCGAAUCUUUAAGGGCGAACGGAUUCAGAGUCUCUGCUACAACCAUGAUGGCUCACUUCUGGCGGCUGGCUUUACCAAUGGAAGCGUUUACAUCCUGGAUUCAAUAUCCCUGGAAAAUGACUGUCCGGAGCCUUUCCGGGAAUCGAGAGCGGCUAUCAUUCACAUGAGCUUUUCUCACCAAUCCCAGUAUCUCGCCACUGCAGAAGAAAACAUUUCUGUGACCCUUUACAAAAAAAGCCUGGUGGACGAGGUGGCCGUCUGGGAGCGCCUGGCCGCUCUGCACUCCCAUUACAAGCCGAUCUGUGCUUUGCUCUUUGGGGUGUACUUAGAUAGUGAUGAGCCACGGCUUCUGAGUCUUGGGGAAGACAGACUUUUGGUGGAAUAUGACCUGGAACACUGUGUCAAAGAUAAACUGGCCAUCAUCCGAAGGGAUCGCAUUGAGCAGAGUGCAGUCCCCAGGUGUGUCGCCUGGUACCCGCCUCUCACAACUGAGUAUUUUUUCUUCACUGCAAACGAUCAGUACAAGAUGAAGAUGUAUAACGUGACCACAAAGUUGUGCAGAAAGACGGUUCUGGGACCCACAUAUGGCACCCCACUCGAGAAAAUGCUAGUCCUCCCAAUAGAAGAGGGCCAGGAUCCUCAAAAACGGUACCUGGCAUACAUUACAAAAGAUAAGGUCGGCCUGCAAAUUUUGCCAGUUGAUGGGAACCCACACAAGUCCUCGGCUUUCAAUUGCCACCCAGCUGGUGUCUCCAACUUAGCCUGCUCCUAUGAAGGGGGUCACCUCUUCACGUCAGGGGCCAGCGACUUCAGUGUGAUGAAGUGGGACAUUAAUUUAAUAGCUCUGGAAGCAGCUGCUUUUCUGGGUGGCGAAGACCUGAUUCCAUUUUACAACUUGCUGGAAGGUGGCCGAGAGGGUGAAUUCUUCAAGGAGUUGGAAGACUAUUUUUACUACGCACAGCUGUGUCAUCAAGGGAUCGACACCAUGGAGCCUAGAAAGGUGUCCACACACAUCCCCCUGGAAUGUGUUCCAUCUGUCAUGCGAGCGAUGGGAUUUUACCCGACAGAAGAACAGAUCGAAGACAUGCUAAAUGAAGUCAAGUUCAGCGACUAUCUGGAGACUGGGAAGCAAGUGACCAAGAUCAAUUUAGGGGACUUUAUCAGACUCUACAUAAACCACCGGCCAGCAUUUGGGCUGUCGAUAAAAGAAAUACAGAACGCCUUCCAAGUGCUGGGUUAUGAGAACGAGAACAGAGAGACAAGUAUGAACAGGGAUGACCUGCUGCUGCUGCUUCAGCACAGAGGAGAGCAUUUUACAGAGGAGCAGCUGGCAGAAUGCCUCACCACUUUGCUGGGCAUGAAUCCCGAGGGAGGGCGCUCAGAGGUUGGCACCUACGAUCCCACAGGUGCUCAGGACUAUAUUGAGGAAGGAAUUCCAGAGGAAAUUACAGCAGCCCAUUUCACUGUGGACAUUCUUGGCUUACCCGUUCCGGAACCUCCGUCAAGAGAGGCAGAAACCACCAAUGAACCCGAGAGCAGUACCCUGACAUCAGAUUCUUAAGCGCUGUGGAUUAUCCUCCAUCUUUCUUAGUUGCUGUAACAGCCUAUUUCCCCUGAAGUACCUUUAGAAAUUAUAUCCUUGUUUGACAUGACAUCUACAUUUUAUGUCAUGGAAUAUAAUUUAAAUUUUUUUUUAAAAGACAAUGGUUAAUAAAUGGUGGGCCUUUAGUAGA